AUGAAUAAAAAUGAUAAAGAUUUAGAGAAAUUCAAAAGAGUUAAAGCAAUUAUUGAUGGUACUGCCAAACCAUUCAUUCCAAAAUCAACAAAACCAACAACAAUUAAAUCGAAUGGUGGUGGUAAUAGAAAAAAUUCAAUGCUUAAAAAACAAUUUGUUAGAACAAAUAAAAAAUCAAAAAAAGUAGUUGAAAAUGAAGAUGAGGAUGAUCAAUUUCAAUAUGGUGAUGAAGAAGAUAAUGGUGAAAGUGAAUUAGAUACAUACAAAUUACCAAAUAGAUUUGAAGAUGAGGAAAUUGAAGAAGAAGAUGCAUUUGACGAUGCUGAUGAAGAUUUAAUUAAAUCAAAAGCAAAUAAAAAUUAUGAUGAUGAAUUUGAAGGUGAAGAUUUUGUUGAUCUCGAUGAACUUUUAGAUGAAAAAGAAGAAACUUCAUCAGUUUCUUCAAAAUCAACAAAACAUGAUGAAGAAGAAGAUGAAGAAGAAAAAGAAGAUGAUGAUGAAGAAGAGGGAUUAUCAGAUGAUUCAUUAUUCAGUGAGAAUGAUGAUGAUGAUGAUGAUGAAGAACCAUCAGAACAAGAAGAUGAUGAAGAAAAUUCAAAUUCAUCAAAUUUAAUUUCAAUUGUUAAAAAUUUAGAAAAAACUAAAAGAAGUAUUAAAGAUGAAAAUAAAAGUAAAACUAAAUUACCAGAUAUGACAGAGGUUAUUGGAAAUGAAUCACAAUUUAAUAUAUUUCCAAAUGUUGAUGAAAAUGGUACAAUCGAUAUCAAUGAUUUAAUGUCAUUUAUUCCAGAUGAAUUUGAUAAAGUAAAGAGUCAAUUAGAUGAGAUUGCAGAUAAAGCACCAAUUUCAACACCAGUUUCAAAGUAUGAACGUGAUACGAUUCAACGUAGAAUUACAACUGAACAAGCACAUAAAAUUCUAACACAAUGGGUACCAUUCGUUAGAGAGCAAAGAGAAAAGAAUUUAAAAUUUGAAUCAAAAGUUGUAGUUCCAAGUACAUCAUCAACACUUGCAAGUUCAUUCAGUAAGACCGAUUUAAAUGAUGAGAUUUCAAAAGCAAUAAUGGAUUCAGGUGCAUCAAUUACCAGACCACCACAAGGUGCAAUCGAUCCAACAACAGGUAAGAAAGUAGUCGACCCAAUUGAAGAGAAAAGACGUUUACGUGAAAUCAUAAAGUUACGUAGUAUCAUGUACUAUCAAGAGAUUAAAGAUAAAAGAAAGAAGAAAAUAAAGAGUAAAUCAUUUAGAAAGGUUGAAAAGAAGAAAAAAGAAAAAGCAUUAGCAAAGAGAGAAGAAGAACUCAUGAAAUUAGAUCCAGAAUUUGCAAAACAUAAAGCUGAAAAACUUGAAGAAAGACGUGUUUUAGAACGUAUGACUCAAAGACAUAAAAAUAAUAGUAAAUUUAUGAAAAAUAUUUUAAAUAAUCGUGGUUUAACAACUGAAGAUAGAAGAGAUAUUAAUGAACAUCAAAAAUUAGCAAAGGAAUUAUUAUUAAUUAAUAAAAUUAAUAAUUCAAAUGUUAAUAAUGAAAAUAGUGAUGAAGAUGAUGAUGAUGAUGAAAGUGAUGAUGAUGAAGAAAGUGGUGAUGAUGAUGAUAAUAAAAAUAAUAAAAAAAUUGAUUUAUCAGAUGUUGAUCAAAAAUCAUUAAGUGAUAAAGAAAGAAUUCAAAUGAAAUUACAAAAAUUAGGUAGACCAACUGCUUUACCAGAUAAAGGUAUUAAUGCAAUGAAAUUUAUGCAAAAAUCAAUGGAAAGAGAAUUAGAUAAUGCAAUUAAAUUACAAAAUGGUGUAGAUGAUUAUGAACAAGCCGAAUUAGAUGAUCAAGAAAGAGAGAUUGAAGAAUCAAAUAGAAUCAUCCUUCAUAAACAACUCGCUUCAAAUAAACAAAAUCCUUCAAAUAAAAUUAUGUCUUCAGGUUUAUUAGUUGAAAAAGCUGGUUUUGGUAAUGGUCAUAAAGUUGUUUCAGGUUCAUCAAUUCAAAUUAAAAAUAAUAAUAACAAUAAUAACAGCAAUACAAAUGAAAAUAAUGAUAAUAUUAAAAAAUUAAAUAAUAAAAAAGAACAACAACAAGAACAACAAGAAGAAGAAGAAGAAUUAGAUGAAGAAAAUCCAUGGUUAGAUGUUAAAAAAUCAAAAAAGAAAAGUAAAAAAGAUAAAAAGAAACAAUCUGAUGAAUUUUUAAUUAGUUUAAAUAAUUUAAAUAAUGGUAGUAAAAUUUCAAAUGAUAAUAAUAAUAAUAAUAAUAAAAAUAAUAAUGGUAAAGAAGUUGUAAAAGGUAAUGAUUUAUCAAAUAAUGUUGUCAACACUACAUCAAAUAAAAAAGAUAACAAGAGAAAAUUUGAAAAUAAUAAUAUUAAUAAUAACGAUAAUAAUAAUAAAGAAUCUGAUGAAAAGAGUGAAAAGAAAACUAAAACAAUGGGUAUGAGUUUAAUUACAUCAAAUAAACAAAAAGAAUUAUUAUUAGAAGCAUUUGCAAAAGAUAAUAUUGAAGAUGAAUUUAUGGAAGAAAAGAAACAAUUGGUUGAGGAGGAUGUACCAGAAGAGAAAUCAAACUUUUUACCAGGUUGGGGUUCUUGGGUUGGCGAUGGUAUUCAAGAAAGAGAUAACUCAAAGAAAGAGGCAAUAAUAAAGAGAAAACGUGAUCAGAAAAUUAAAGAAUUGGCUCAAAAAAGAGCAGAUUCAAAGAAUAGUAGAGUCAUUAUCGAUGAAAAAGCUCCAUUGGAUGGUGUUUCUAAAUAUGUAUUAAAUCAACUUCCUCAACAUUAUUCAAAUAAAGAACAAUAUGAAAGUACUUUAUCAAUUGCUCAUGGUAAAGAUUGGAAUUCUUCAACUGCAUUCAGAAAAUUAAUUGAACCAAAAGUUUCUGUUAUGCCAGGUACUUUUAUCAAACCAGUUUCAAUUAAAGAUAAACAAGAUUUUAUAAUGAAAAAGAAAGAAGAAUCUAAAAAAAAAUCAAAAAAAUAA